CAUAUCAGGGAUCUAAACUGAAGGAAGUGCAAGAUCACAAUCCAUUCUCGUCCCGUAAAAUGGCGGAAGAUCAAGGAUGGGGUUUAAGUUCGGUCGCAGAAGCACCAAACGACGAUUGGAAACAUUGGGUGGAGAAGCAAUUAGGCAGGACCGACCACAAUGAGUGGCGUUGGGUGGAAUUGAUGGAGAAGUUUUGCGGUCAGUCAGGCCCCACCAUUUUUAAGCUGGAGAGCAGACUGCAGUCUGAAUACAAGAUCGAGGUUGAUGAACACACAGACGACCGAGAUCUGCUGCCCGCGGUAAGGGCGGUGACGAUAGGGCCGUACCACCGCAACUGCAAGCAUCCGUUGAAAUUCGACGACGACUACAAGUGGAAAGUCAUUAGGUAUAUGGUCCGGGAACGCAGCUUCAACCCUAUUAGUUUCCUUGAGGAGAUGGAGAAGAAGGAGGAGAUCGCCCGCAAGUGCUACGACGAGAACUUCCCCGAGCUGCAAAGUAAAGAUUUUCGAGUGAUGCUGAUGCUCGACGGUGCCUUUAUAGUGUUCGCUCUAGACGCAUUCGGCAAUAGAGAUCUCCGCAGCGAGUACUUGAUGGACUACAUGGGUCUGCACAUAGAGGUAUGGAGAAGUAUGAAGCAGAUCAAGCUCGACUUUCUAAUGCUCAACAACCAGAUUCCGCUUUUCGCCAUCGAGCAGCUGUACGCAGCCAUCGGUGGAUUCCCCAAGAAUUUUGGCGAGGUCGUGCUGUCGUGCUUCGAUGACCUUCACCCCAAGAGGAACCUGAAUAGGCGCAUCAAAAAUUACAGCGGCGGGUACAUUGAGUUCCAUCAUCUGCUGCAUCUUUUCCACUGGUCGCGAGUACCGGAGGGGAAGUACAGAAUGGACUUAGGUUUAUGGUUUCCAGAGGAUAAGUACGGGGAGGACGUAAGAUUACAACUAUAUAAGAAGAACGAUCUGCCGCUGUACAUUCCUAGCGCCACGGAGCUGCUGAAAUCUUCUACGGUUUUCCGGAAGAAGACGUUGGAUUGCUUACUCGACAUUACAUUCGAAGACGGAUUGACAGAAAUAAGCGCAGAGAUGAACAUCCCCACCCUGCACCUUUAUGAUUACAGUAAGCACGUCUUCAGCAACCUCAUCGCAUUCGAGACGAACUACACCGGCAACGGGCGCUGCGUGACGGCCUACUCCAUGUGCAUGUCCCGCAUCCUGCAGAACGAGGACGAUGCGAAGCUGCUCAGGAGGAGAGGGAUACUGGCGAGCACAAACUAUAAGGAUGCGGAUGCGGUCAAAUUCUUCGAGAACUUGAUCAGCAGGCAAGUUGAGGGUCAAGUGAUGCCCGACGAUCUGCUGCAGCUGUGUACCAGGGUCACGGAACAUCACAAGAGGCGGAUCAGCAACUGCUACGGCGAGCUGAAGCUGCGGUACUUUCCAAACCCUUGGAUCACCUUUUCGCUCGUCGGCGCUUUCGUACUGUUUCUUCUCUCACUCCUGCAGACCAUAUACACCGUGCUCGGCUAUUAUCAGACUAUCAGGACUACUAAAUAACUAAGUAGCUUGCAUGGCAUGGACAGCGCAAAAAACAAACCCCAAACAAUUAACCAAAAGAAAAAUAAAAACAAAUCCCAAUAAGGAUUUUAGGAGGUCAUCCCCCAAUCCGUACGUUUGUGUGUGCGUGUUGUUGUUCCUUUCUUUGAUUUUCUUGGUGUUGUUAAUUGUUUCUUUCUUAAUUUUCUUUGAUAUAUCUUCGGUACAAUUAAUAGUGAGAUUGUAUGGUUGUUCGGGACAAUCUUUUAU